UUUUGGCUUUCAAUCGCUGUUUAUUUGUUGUUUCACCUUCAUUGGCUCGCUUAGUUUUUGAUGGGAAAAGGACAUAUAUUUGGCUAUUAAUUUCUUCUUCUUAUGCUUUUUAUGGUUUAUCUUUUACUCCUCCAAUGAUUUUUAGCCCAAAAUAUUUUGCUUGGUUUGGCAAUCCAUAUACUGGAUUUAGAAAUGAUCUUGCUGAUAAAGUUGUAAAUUUUGAAAAACAAAAUUAAGGACAGAUCGGUCGAAUUAGAAAAGUAUAUAAUUCGGGGAAUAAUUGGGCGAUUAAGAGACAUUUAGAUAUCUGACUCGAAAAUAUUCCUUCCGGAUCUGGUUCAGCCCGAUCACUAAUUAUUUCUUUUAUAUGUAUGUAGUACAAAAUGUCGCUUAUCAUAAAACAUAAUUUUAUUGUUGCAAUUGUCUCUCCAUCUACAUAUUUAAUAUUUUCUAUUGUUAUGUUCUUUAAAAAUCGUGCAUUAAAAGUUGGCAGCAAUACAGCAUUGACUAAAUCAGAAAAAUAUACAUUUAUUCAAGUAUUUAUUAUCUCUUUUUUAAAUACUUCUGUUGCGGGUUUGUAUGUUUUGAUGGAUUAUUUAACAAAAGUUCCCCAAUGGAUUUUUACUACUGCAGGAAUUGGAUGGUUAGUUAUUUGUAAUUUUGUAGGAAAUAUAGGAAAAUUGUUAGAAUAUUCUUAA